AUGGCGCUGGAAGCAGUCAACGAAUCCCAGGACAGCCAGGCAAUCUUUGACGCCCACCAGGCGCUGUUUGGCGUCGCAUCGAUCAGCGGCUCGCUGGGCUCUGCGCGGUUAAUUGCUGCCAAUAUCGACGUGUCAGAGGCAGUCGAUGGACAAGCGGACCGGUCAACCAGUCGCCGCCUCGUCGUCGAGGGUGAAGAAGCAGCCGGGGUGGUGCCAGCGUGCAUGCGUGACAGCCAGGGGAAAAAGAAAUUCCAGGCAGAAGCGGGUGCAUAUGACGAGGCGACGACGGCCGCUGCUCGACACGAAAUCAACAAACCGCUCGAACCCGACAAUGGGCUUCAUGCUGCCGACAACACGCGCCCUGUCCCUCUCCCGUUCACAGGUCAAAUCGACGGGUUGUGGCCGCUAACCGCCACCGCGGCCGGAGCGACGGCAAAGAUGGAUACCUCGCAGCAGACGCCUACGCAGGUCAACGAGGACCGAGACUACCACAUCUUCUACGGACCCUUGCCCUCGAGCCCUGCCAACAAGUCGACACAGCACAACACCGAUGACGAGCCGCGGACCCUUAAGGAGGGCGACACGGGCGCCGUCAACUUUGGAAACCUCAGCGAUCUUGCCCGCCCUUCGUCCCAGGUUUCCGAGGACGGCGGCUUCGAUACUACGAGGGGUGGCUGGCGCGCCCACCAGCGUACCUCUCAGCUGCAAUCUAACCCAGCACAAACCCCGUACAGGCCUCAUGGCCUGCCUCCCGAGACGCCCGCGCUGCCCAAGAACCCCUUUGCCAAAUCUGGCGUCUCGGCUCCGCUCGCGGGCAGCCAGCUCUUUGGUCAGACGCAGCAGCCGUCGUCGGCGGCCAAGAUCAGUCCGACGUCGUCACGACCCUCGCCGAAUGUUCUUCUCAACUCGAUAUCGCCCAAUAUCAUGGAGACGUCGCCCCUCAAGAAUCGCGCCAACGUGUCGUCACCAACCGAUAUUCGAACGUCGAGCCCGCAGCGACUAAACGAAGUUCCAGGGACCUUGGUUAAGGACAAGGCGGGACACGUCGCGUGCCAAGAUAGCCCGGCGGGCGAUACAUCUUCCAAAGACGAGCUGAUCCCCGAAUCACCGACAGAUCAAGCACUCAAGCAAUUCGUUGGCCGCCAGCCGUUGGCACAGUAUGAGCCGAUGAAGCAGUCCCAAGAACGAAAGUCUAGUGGCGAUGCUCAGAUGGACCUGCAUUCCGACAAUGAAUACGACGAGGCUUUCCAAAAGGCGGAGCGCCGCAAGCGGGCGGAAAGAAAACGAGCUCAAGCAGCCGAGGAGAUGGAAAAAGUCAGCUUUGCGCGAGGCUCUCGGCGGGAUUCUGCGGAGCAGCCGAUUAAAAAGAAGCGGAGGAUACACUCUGUUCAAAACGACACGGCAGACUCAACUGCCGUCAUGGAUAGACCCAAGAGCCAGGAACGCGCCGUUGCCCGAAUCUCCCAAAAGACGUCUGCACCGGCACUCGAGACCCCUGCAGAAUCAAUCAAGGCGACUCCAGCGCAGAGCGCGGUAUUACCCGAAACUGACCAGGACGAAGCGACUCCAGUCCAGAGGCGCAUCACCCCUGAGCCGACGGAGGAGGAAAUGAUUCCAGCCACCAGCCCGGUGCCUUCGACCAAAGGCAGCCAAGACGGCGUGCCAUGUCCUUCAGAACCGGAACUUCCGACCAUGACAGGCGACGGUACCGACGAGCGAGAGCAAGUCGAGGUGACGAGGGAGACAUCCUCAUUUCCGCGGACUCGCCGACGGACGCAGAGAACAUAUGGCACUCGGACACGACAAGUCAGACGGAAUCCGUUGCUAAGCUCUUCCACAUCUGAGGUGCUUCCAGUCGAGCCUGGCGACAAGAUGGAGCACGCCGCGUCGACCCUGGAAAGCCCUACUAGUACAACUUCAACCGCCAACCCCGGGGCCAUGGCCCACGAUGUUCCCGGUCAAGAAGCCGCAGGCGUGGAGGCUGAAGACCUGCAGCAAACGCGCCGCGAGACGCUUCCAAGCUCCAACAUGGAGUCUUGUUGCGCGCCCGUCCCGGCUCGCUCGCGAGGACAAGACCCCGUCACACCACUCCAGACGCGCGCAAGCACUGGUGUCACGGCGCCGCCGUUGUCUAGCCUGACGACGCUGUCAGCAUCUCCAGCGCCACUGGUCAAUAAGACGCCGGGGACCCAGGAGUCUGGAGCGCUUCAAAGACCGGCGUCUCUCAACAUGUCUCCGUCGACAAGUAGCAGAAAGCUACGGAGGCGCGCCACGCGGAUUGCACCCAACUCGGAAUCGCCGCUGCCGUUCUCAAGAGCGACGAGAUUUGCAAGACGGUCCAUGAAACUCGACCCAGAUUCGAUGGACGAGCUGCAUCAGUCCCCACCGCCGUCUGCGCUGGAAAAGAACGCGUCCUACUUUAAAUGCGGCAGAUCGUUUCGUCAGAGCAUCGGCUCUAGCCACCGAGGACGUCGCUUAUUUGAGAACAUGGCGUUUGCCUUGUCCUCUCAGUCAGACAAGCCGGAGCAGCAGCGGACCAAGCUGGAGUCGCAAAUUGUCCAGGCCGGCGGCUCAAUCCUCAAAGAUGGCUUCCAGGAGCUGUUUGAGCCGUCGAGCAUCAUGUACUCGACCAGCACAGUACACGAUGAGGGUGAUGUGCUGAGGCUUCCAAGGGCAAGCUCGGGCUGCGGGUUCACGGCGCUUAUUGCAGACGGGCACUCGCGGAAGCCCAAGUACAUGCAAGCACUGGCACUCGGGCUGCCGUGCCUGAGCCAGCAAUGGAUCACGGCAUGUCUCGGCAAGGGUGAGGUGGUGGACUGGGAGCCGUACUUGCUGUGCGCAGGCUCGUCGGCGGUGCUCGGCAACGCGAUCCGGUCACGGACCCUGGUGCCGUACGUGGCAGCGGAGGCGAGGCUGGCUGAAGUGAUUGAGCACAGACGGAAGCUGCUCGGGGGCCAGAGCAUACUAGUGCUGUUUGAUGCCAAGAAGGGGCGCAAGGAAACGAAGCAGCAGUACAUGUUUCUCGUGCAAGCACUGGGGCCAUGUGCCGUGUCCAGGACGUCGACGGCGCGGCAGGCGCGCGAGGUGCUACGCGAGCGCGAAAAGGCAGGGCGUCCGUUUGACUGGCUGUACAUUGACAAGUCUUGCGGGAGCGCGGAAUCGGUGCUGUCGGCGCCGACGCCGGCACGUGGCUCAGGGUCCAAGAAGCGGAGGAGGAUGGGGGCCGAGGGGCCGAGGAUGGGAGAGCUACGGGUGUUGACGGAUGAGCUGGUGAUUCAGAGCCUCAUUCUCGGACGCAUGGUGGAGGCGGGAGAGAUGGAAUUUUGA